UAGAGGAAGUGUACUUUGCUCAGCAGGGAGGGGCUUGUGGCUUCCUUAGAAAGUGUGGACUUAAUAUUUGUUACAUCACGAAGGCCACGUUUCUUUUAACUAUAAAACAAUUGCAAAUACAAUGUAAAUACAAUAAAAAAGAAAGCUUUUGAAUAACGAACAAAAUAGAGGACGGUGUAAAAAGGCGGUUCACAUCAAAGCGGAACAAGAAAGGCGCUCGCUCGGCUAUCAAAAGGCUCAUUUUAGACGCAUUACACAACUAUCCCGUCCCCCAGCAACCAUGUCCAUGGCCCUAAAACAAGUCUUCAACAAGGACAGAACAUUCCGGCCCAAGCGCAAGUUUGAGCCUGGAACGCAGCGCUUUGAGUUACACAAGAAAGCUCAGGCAUCCCUAAAUGCCGGCCUGGACCUGAAGCAGGCGGUGCAGCUGCCGCAUGGUGAAGACCUUAAUGACUGGGUGGCCGUUAACGUGGUGGACUUCUUUAACCGCAUCAACCUCAUCUACGGCACCAUCAGUGACUCCUGCACAGACCAGAGCUGCCCCGUUAUGUCCGGUGGGCCGAAGUACGAGUACCGCUGGCAGGAUGAGCAAAAGUACAAGAAGCCCACUGCUCUCUCUGCACCCAAAUACAUGAGCCUGCUAAUGGACUGGAUUGAGGUCCAGAUCAACAAUGAGCAGAUCUUCCCCACUAAUGUUGGUACUCCAUUCCCUAAGACCUUCAUGCAGGUAGCAAAGAAGAUCUUGUCUCGUUUGUUCCGAGUGUUUGUCCACGUCUACAUCCACCACUUUGACUGCGUGAGCCAGAUGGGAGCAGAGGCCCACGUGAACACCUGUUACAAGCAUUUCUAUUACUUCGUUACUGAAUUCAGCCUCAUAGACCACAAAGAGCUGGAACCUCUGAAAGAGAUGACAGCACGGAUGUGCCACUGAAAAAGAGAGCGGACCUUUACAUUCCAGACAAAUCAGAAGCAUGCAAAUAUACAAUUUAAAAGCAGAUGAAACAGAGACCAAACUUUCAAAGACUUUAUUUUUAUAUGCUUUUAAAGUACUGUAAUAUUCUGUUUAGGGACAGACGUACAUCUCUAUAUUCUCAUGAGUAGGCAUAUGGAGAGUAUUUUCAAUAGAAAUCAGUAUUAACAAUUGUUUUUGUUUUUCCACAUUUGUUCUGAAUCAUUCCUUUUGUUCUGUCAAACCGUUAUAAUCUUUAACAUACAGAUUAUAUUUGACUAUUUAUGUAUGUCGUUGAGUUAUUAAAAAACCACUUCCUCUUGUCUGUA